AUGAAUAUAUAUCACGUUAAAAUGUUAAUAUUUAUGUUUUUAAUAAAUAUUUUAGUAUCACUUUAUAAUGAGAAUUAUCUAAAUAACCGUUAUAAUGUAAGUCUCAUUCAAAACAAGACCAAAAGAACAACGAUAAAAUCAAGACUUUUAGCACAAACCCAAAUCCACAAUCCGCAUUAUCAUAAUGACCCAGAACUCAAAGAAAUAAUUGAUAAAAUGAACGAGGAAGCAAUCAAAAAAUACCAACAAACUCAUGAUCCAUAUGAACAAUUGAAAGAAGUAGUAGAGAAAAAUGGAACAAAAUAUACAGGUAGUAAUGAUGCAGAACCUAGGUCAACGCUGGAAAGAGAAUUAUUGGAAACAUAUGAAGAAAUGUUUGGUGAAGAAAGUGAUAUGUUGAAGUCGGGAAUAUACCCAAAUGUUGAUGAAAAAUCUUCAACAUGUGAAUGUACUGAUAUUAAUAAUAUAAAACUAGGAAAAACAAAAGGAAGAGAUAAGUAUUUAAAACACCUAAAACACAGAUGUAUAGGUGGAAUAUGUUCUUGCACACUAGGUAGUGCACUCUUAACAUGGAUAGGUACGAUUGCUGCAAAAGCUGCUAUCCUUGGUUCAUUUCCAGAUGCUGCUAAGAAUUGCAUCUUGUCUAUUUCUAUAAUUAAUAUGCUUACUUAUGAAUCUAUGACUUCAGCUAUGACAUCAGUUAGUGCAUCAGGUGGUGUAACUUGUUUUUCUGAUUUAACUACAUCUGCAGUAACUGCUGCUACGGGAAUAUUUUACCCCUGUGGUAUUGCAGCUUUGGUACUACUUAUAUUAGCUGUUGUGCUUAUAAUAUUAUAUAUAUGGUUAUAUAGAAGAAGAAAAAGAUCAUGGAAACAUGAAUGCAAGAAACAUUUAUGUAAGUAA